GGUAAACCAUGGCGGAUUCAGGAAGCGAGGAUAUAGCGGUGAUUGGAAACACAGACCUGACUCCGUCGGAGUCACAGAACAACUUAAAGAACACGAUGGUUGAAAAAGGGACAAGUCUUCUGAAGAAGAUGGAAAUCAGUGUGGCUGAAGCAGAGAAGAGGACCGGGAAGAAUGCAGUCAACAUGCAGGAGACUUAUACAGUGUAUCUUAUAGAGACGAGACCGGUGGAUGCUGCAUCAGAAGGGACCAGUCCUGUCCCAGAUUCUCUCUGGAGGCGUUACAGCGAGUUUGAGCUCCUUAGAAACUAUUUGUUAGUCACUUAUCCGUUUGUGGUGGUUCCACCUUUGCCUGAAAAACGGGCGGAAUUUGUUUGGCACAAGCUUUCGGCAGACAACAUGGACCCUGACUUUGUGGAGAGGCGUCGAGUUGGACUAGAGAACUUCCUGCUGCGAGUGGCUUCACAUCCAGUCCUGGCCAGGGACAAUAUCUUCUAUUUGUUUCUCACUGAGGAAAAAGCUUGGAAGGAAACCGUAUUCGAGACAGGAUUUCAGGCGAAGGCCGACUCCAGAAUAAAGGCGUUAAAUGCCACGUUCAGAGUAAAGAAUCCUGACAAGAGGUUUGCAGAAAUGAAACACUAUGGAGAUGAGCUGCAGGCUGUUGUUUCACAGCUGCUGAGAGUUCGGGCGAGAGCAGCUGAUCGCUUUUAUGGUGUCUACAAAGUCCAUGGAAACUAUGGAAGAGUUUUUAGCGAGUGGAGCGCCAUUGAGAAAGAGAUGGGAGAUGGGCUGCAGAGCGCCGGACACCACAUGGAUGCGUAUGCUGCCUCUAUAGAUGAUAUUCUAGAAGAAGAGGAGCAUUAUGCAGACCAGCUGAAGGAGUAUCUUUUCUACGCAGAUGCAUUGCGGGCAGUGUGUAGGAAGCAUGAACUGACUCAGUAUGAACUGGAGACAGCCGUCCAGGAUCUGAGCUCUAAGAAACAGCAGCGGGAGGAACUCGCCACCGGGACGGUCCGGACCUUCUCUCUGAAGGGAAUGACCAGUAAACUGUUUGGACAAGAGACCCCAGAGCAGAGAGAGGCCAAGCUGAAAAUGCUGGAGACACAGAUUGAAGAAGGAGAGGAAAUGGUCAAAGACAGAAAUGUAGAAUGCGAAGAGUUUGUGAAAGGUGCAUGGACGGACAUUGAGAGGUUCAAAGAGCAGAAAGACCAUGAUCUCCGAGAAGCUCUCAUCAGCUACGCCAUCAUGCAGAUCAGCAUGUGUAAAAAGGGAAUUCAAGUGUGGAACAACGCUAAAGAGUGCUUCAGUAAGAUGUAAGUGUUCGAGCAGGACAACCAGAACACCAGGGAGGCCUUGGAGAUGUCAAUCCAGAGAAGCACACACUCCUAGAGACUGACCAUGGGGACUAAAGUCUUCCUCUCUAUCUUAAACUUUUGUCAGCCUCUUGCACCAGAUGCUCUGGUGAAUAAAAGGUAUCGAAUAUUGACAUACACUAGUUUCAGAGUCCAAAUAAUGAAUAAAUGGGGUGCUGUUUUAUUUAUUUCCAUGUUUACCAGAUAGAUUUCUGAUCUGGUUACUUUUGUGAAUGCACUAUUCUGACCUACACAAGAGCUUGUGCAGAUAACAGACAAUUAAUGACUUAACGCUUCAGACAAUACAAUGACUUAUUAUUGAUUAAUCUGGAACUAUGUAAUGAUUUUUGUAUGAUUUGUUGUCUUUUUCUUUGCCUAUCUUCAUGCUUUUUGAUGCCAAAAUAAUUCAUUUUUAUACUUUUCAUUUUCUUUUUAUUAAAUCUAGUCAAUCAUAAAACACAAAAGCACAUUUAAAUUGUCAACAUAAGGGUGUGUAUUUUAUGAGGGGGAAAAAAGUUGUAUUUUUAUCAUACCCCUCACCCCACCCCACCCCAUAAUGGUGGUCCCGCACAUCUGGAACGUGUCCAGUUUCUAGUUUUCAUGCGUAAUGAUCUUUAUCAUCUGGCACGGAGGACACCAAGAGUCAGAUUUCCUAUGAAAAGUAAAGUAACUGUUCUUAUUCACAUGCAAACUAAAUUGGUCCUGACGCCCAUACAGCAAACAAAGUGCAUAAAUUCAUCAUAGUUUGCUGCUCUGUCACUUUUCUGCACGUUCAGCCAUAAAAGCAUAAGCUGUUUAUGACCACCGGCCCCCUCCCUUUCUACGGUUCAGUUCAUCUGAGAAAUAUUAAUAUGCUGUUUAUGCCUUAUUCAAGAAUAACUGCAUAUUUUCUUCACUAUGAAUGCCAUAUUUGUCAUGUGUUAUGAUGAAUGGGUGGGGUCGAUGUUUUGAUAUAAAUCUGGCUGAAGGAAUACGAAUGUCACAGGAAAGGCAGGAUAUUACAAUUUCCACAUUUUAGAGUAGCAUGAGCAACUCAGCCUGGUCAUUGGGUUCAUUUUUUGGGGGUGGAGAUGAUUAUUUGUAUAUAAGCUGUUAAAAUCAUUGUUGUGUAACACUAAUGGUAAUAAUAAUAGUAAUAAUAAAGUACCAUUAUCACUUGG